AUUUAUCCUUACAUACAUAUAUCCACAGUAUUUUUAAGUAACGUUGUAUUGUGGUCUUAGAUGACGAUAUAUUUUGAAAAAUAGUGCUACAUAGAUUCAGUUACAGUGCAAAGUAUUGGAAAAGUAUCGCUUAUUAUCCCUUGAGAUGAUAUGACUGCGUAGCGGUAGUGUCACGUAGUGAUCUAUAGCCAGUGGCGUAUCAGUGACAGUAUGAGAUUCAACUAAGCCUCAGAAUGUUAUUAUUGCAAGAACUGAAGUUAAAAUAGUAUCGAGUUGUUUUAUGAUAAGAUGCCCCAGUUAUCCAGUCUGUCCGAGAACUCCGUCAUCGCACCAAUAGUACGCCUCGACUCGAUAGUAGUUCAAGAUGAGUCAGGUCAGGUCAAUCCAGUGGAUAUAGACGACUUAGAUGAUGGACAUCUUGGUGGUUCUGCUCCGUUGGUUGUUUUAGAUAAUUCUGCCGUUAACAUCGAGAACUCCUCGGACGUAGUUAUUGGUCCGGUGACCAAUUUUAAUGUUAACGGAAACGUCACUAUCCUUCAAGAAUAUAAGCAGGGAAAGUUGAUUGAUGAACAAAAUCAGACGGAGAGUGGUACGAACACAAACCCACCAACACAAACAAAUUUAUUGAAAACUAAAUUUUACUCGCUACCAAAAACUAUCAGAGUUUUAUGUGUGGUGUUGCUGGUUGUAAUCGGAACUGCAAUUAUUGCCUGCGUUGUGAUAUUCACACACAUAAAGAAAGCUGAGAGUGAUUCUUCUGAUUCUACCGAUUCACCUCCAGACGUGGACUCGGAUUAUUUUGGAGACCAUUUGGGCACUCAUCCCAUAUACUAUAGAGACAGCUGGGGAGGUGAACCUCCCCACGACAAGAUUCCCUUCAAACGACCUCCUAAGGUGGUGCUUAUCUCUCACACAGCUUCAUCGUUCUGCAAGACCAUAGAUGAAUGUUCUAAAAUCUUGAAACAGUUACAAGCUGAUCAUAUGGCUAGAAACUGGAAUGAUAUCGGAUACAAUUUCAUGAUCGGUGGUGAUGGAGCCAUAUUCGUAGGGAGAGGGUGGAACUCCACAAGCUUCCACAUGAUGUCUGAAUACAACGUAGGAAUUUCCUUCAUUGGAAACUUCAAUGAAGACUUCUUGAAUGAAGAGAUGAUUCAGGCAGCUAAAUUGUUGAUGGAUAAAGGGCUCGAUAUGGACGCCAUAGCGGUUGAUUACCAAGUGGUUGGACAGAACCAGACUACCAAGUACCAGCCAACGAGUCCGGGUACCAACGUAGUUGAAGUUAUAAAGAAAUGGCCGAGAUAUAGCAGCAUUAUAUUUUUCAAACAUUAGGUGUGACUUCAAGUGAUUUGAAAUGCUAAUAACUUAUUACAGAGAUCUUUCCGUUCGAAGACCUCAGAAAAUUCAUGAAGAAUCCGUAUGGAUGUGAAGUUUUCACGUUUUCGAAUUCAACAAGGUCACACACCAAGAAAUGAUGCUGUCGUAAUUCCACUGAUUAUAAUAGAGUUUUGAGACAUUAGAGAGUUUAUAGGUAGUAAUAUUGCGGCAUAGAGGUUAAUCUUAUUUGACGUUAUUUUCUCACGUCACUUUCACUUAUACGUCAAAUCGGGUUAACGGUAACUAUUCACGUAUGUUAUGAUGUGAUUAGUCAUAGUUCUCUAAUGUACGAGGUUUGUCGAAAAAAUACGUAUUAAAAUUUCGAUCUCUCUAUACAAUCCCCUCUAUGCUCAGCCGGAGCGCUCUGCGAGCAAGAGGAAUUUACGUGUGCUUGUUGAAAGUAAUUCUUGCGACUUUUUCCUGUUCCCAAAAUGCAAAACGGUACUUCGGGGGCCGCACUUGGGGAAUGUGGAAGCCAUCAAGGCAGAAACGACACGGCAAAUGAAGAACCUCACAAUUGAAGACUUUCACCGAUCGUAUCAACAGUGGAAACGGCGUUGGGAGAAGUGCAUCUUGUCUCAGGGGGAGUACUUUGAAGGAGACCAUAUAGAAAUACCUGAACAAUUGUAAAAUAAACUUUUAUACGUAUUUUCCGGACAAACCUCGUAUUCUACUGUCCGAAAAAUCUUAUGCCGGGUCCACAUCAAAGCAACAAAACAAAAACAAGGAACAAAACAGAAACGCAUCAAAUGAGCAACUUUUUGUAAACAAAACAAAAUGAAAACUUAUGUCCACAUUGCCAAGAGACAUAAAAGUUUUCAGUUGUUUUGUUUCGUGCAGUUCACACCAAAAAUUUUCAGAGUGAAAGUAUGUGGCGUUUUUAUGCUGAAAGGCAGAAGCGCAAAUAUUUUAUCAUAAUGUCUGCUGGUUAUGUGUUUCUCCAGAAUGGUGACCGGGAAAAUAAAAAACGCUUCUGGGUGAAAUCACCCUUACGUGGAAGAGAUGAUCGUGGUAUUGAAAAAUUAUCGUCGAUUUGCGUAAAGAUGAUAUUGGAUUGCGAGGAGAAAUUCGUUCUAGUUUCGAGAACUUUGUAAGAAUCUGCAGUGAAAACUUUGAAGAACUAAUACAGCUGAUCGGUCCUGAAAUUUAUAAAAAAUAACAAUUUCAGAAAUGCCAUUAACGUAGUUGAAGGUUUGGCCGUAACACUAAGAUUUUUGGCAACCGGAGACUCUUAUCAUAGCUUGAUGAAUCAGUCAAAAAUAUCAAAACAAGCAAUAGCGAUAAUAAUAUCGGUAACUUGUAAUGCCCUAACUGAAGGCCUCAAAGAAUAUGAUAAGGUAAGUUUGUUUCGCAGCAAAGUACACAUCGCACCGACAAUGUUGCCUGAAAUGAAAACAAAACAGAAACCUUUUGAUCUUUUCCGACUCGCGACGCUAACGCCAAAAGUUUCCAGAAACAGAAAGAAAACCCGAAUUGUUGACGAAAUGUUGCCGAUUUGUUGCUUAAUUGUUGGAGAACGUUGAGUUGCUGAGAACAUCGAGUUGCUGUUUUGUUGGUUUGGUGUGGACCCGGCAUUAUAAUGACAUCAUAGGGUAAAAUCAGUAUCAUUUUCUCUACAUGCUCGGAUGAUAAACAGAAAUAGUAGGGGAUUGACUGAAACGGGUGGGCUCGAACUGGUCCAAUAAGAAAUAAAACAUGCUUUAUUAUUAACAUACAGAGAAAUCCAUGUACCACUGAAGUCGAAAUGUGUACGAGAGAGAAGCGCGAGAAGCGUACAAUAUGUAUGUUAGAAAAAGAAAACCUUUGCCUAGCAACCCAAGUGACGAGGCCACAAACGCACCUGCGGCUUGUCGCGUUGCCAUCGGCGCACUCUUUCUAACAUUUAACGUAUUACACCUCUCUCGUACAUUACCUCGUCAGUGAUAUUUGGAUUUCUCUGUAUAUGAUGUAUCGUGAUACUUCUGCUCAAAAUAAAGUUUUAACUGUGAUCCAAAUGCCUAUAUGUACUUGUAACUUAGUCUUAAUAAAUGCUUCUUAAACACAUAAUA